AUGUGCGGAAUAAACUUAAUACUAGUGAUAAUAGUGUUAUGUGCUUGUUUAUACUAUUACUUUACAAGGACGUUUAACUACUGGAAGAAGAAAAAUGUUCGUGGACCAAAACCAACAGUCUUUUUCGGAAACAUCAAAGAUGCAGCGCUGCGGAACAAAAAUCACGGCAUUGUCAUUCAAGAGAUAUACGACAUGUUUCCGAAUGAAAAAGUAGUUGGUAUUUAUAGAAUGACGUCACCUACGCUACUGGUACGUGAUUUAGAUAUAAUCAAACAUAUCAUGAUCAAGGACUUCGAUGCCUUUACUGAUCGUGGGCUGGACUUCAGUAACCGAGGUUUAGGACAAAACUUAUUCUUUGCUGAUGGAGAAACAUGGGCAGCUUUAAGGAGUCGGUUUACCCCAAUUUUUACAACCGGUAAAUUAAAAAAUAUGUUUUAUUUGAUAAAUGAAGGCGCCAAUAAUUUUGUGGAUUAUGUUAGCACUGAAUGCCAAGUGAAAGAAGAUUUUGAAGUGGUCUCCCUUCUUCAAACAUACACGUUAUCUACGAUCUCAUCCUGUGCCUUCGGAAUUAGUUAUGAUAGUCUAAAUGAUAAAGUAGAGACACUAAAAAUUGUUGACAAAAUACUUGCAAGACCCAGUCAUGCACUUGAAUUAGAUAUGCUGUAUCCAGGACUUUUAAAAUCGCUUAACCUGUCCAUUUUUCCAAGAGAAGUACAACAAUUUUUCAAAAAUCUUGUGGAUCUCAUAAUUACCCAGAGGAAUGGGAAACCUUCGAACAGGAACGACUUCAUGGACUUAAUACUAGAACUUCGUGAAAUGGGAGAAAUAAAUAGCACGAAACAUGGAAACACUGCGAAGCCAAUUGAAAUAACUCCAGAAGUAAUGGCGUCACAAGCUUUUACGUUUUACGUAGCUGGCUAUGAAACCAGUGCUACUACAAUGUCGUACAUGCUUUACCAACUAGCAAUGAAUCCAGACAUUCAAAAUAAGUUAACGGCAGAAGUUGACAAAAUAACCCAAGCGAAUAAUGGAGAAAUAACAUACGAAACCAUUAAGGAAAUGAAAUAUCUGAGCAAAGUCUUUGAUGAAACUCUGCGAAUGUACUCGAUUGUGGAACCUCUGCAGAGAAAAGCUACAAGAGACUACCAGGUACCUGGAACUGACCUGGUAAUAGAAAAAAACACGAUGGUACUCGUAUCCCCGAGAGGUAUACACUAUGAUAAGAAAUAUUACGAUGAUCCUGAAGUAUUCAACCCUGACAGAUUUGACCCAGAGGUAGCGGGCAACCGCCAUCCGUGCGCUUACUUACCGUUUGGAAUUGGACAACGAAAUUGUAUCGGUAAGCAAGGUAUUCGGUUUGGGAAGCUGCAGUCUCAGCUGUGUAUAGCGAAGAUUUUAUCUAAAUUUGAAGUGGAACCUUCGAAGAAUACACCGAAGAAGUUAGAAGUUGAACCAGACAGGGUUCUCAUUGGACCAAAAGGGGGAAUACGUCUGAAAUUAGUGCCAAGAAAAAUUAAGACGUAG